AUGGCUCCCACUACCCGGGAUCCUGAGGCUCUCGCCGUCCACCACGACUCCGACAUCAUGGCUGAUGAGCUGGCCGAGAAGAAGAUCUCCGCCCAUGAAUCCCCCCCGGAAAAUGACCCUUUUGGCAAUGAGGAGUGUGGUGAGGUCAAGUACCGUGUCAUGAAAUGGUGGCACUGCGGUAUAUUGAUGAUCGCGGAGAAUAUCUCCCUGGGAAUUCUGUCCCUGCCGUCGGCCGUGGCGACUCUCGGAAUUGUCCCCUCCAUUUUCCUCAUCUUAGGCUUGUCUGGCAUUUCCUGGUACACUGGCUAUGUCAUCGGCCAAUUCAAGCUGCGCUAUCCCCAAGUCCACAGCAUGGGUGAUGCGGGAGAAAUUCUCUUUGGCCGCAUUGGCCGCGAAAUCCUAUUCUUCGGCCAAUUGCUGUUCUGCAUCUUUUUGAUGUCCAGUCACAUUCUCACUUUCACCGUGCUGUUCAAUACCAUCACUGGUCACGGCACCUGCACCAUCGUCUUCGGUGUUGUCGGUUUGGUCGUCAGCUUCAUCGGUGCCCUGCCUCGCACCAUGGGCAAGGUGUAUUGGAUGUCUCUUGCCUCGUGUACCAGUAUCACCGUUGCCACGAUCGUCACCAUGGUGGCCAUCGCCGUGCAAGCGCCUGAUCAUGUUCAGGUUGACAUCACCACCCAUCCUAGCUUCUCGACCGCUUUCCUGUCGGUGACCAACAUCGUCUUCGCCUUCAUUGCUCACGUGGCCUUUUUCGGAUUUGCCUCGGAAAUGGAGGAUCCUCGCGACUUCCCCAAGUCGCUGGCCAUGCUGCAGGUCACCGAUACGACUAUGUACAUCGUCACCGCCAUGGUCAUUUACCGCUACGCCGGUCCGGAUGUUGCUUCCCCAGCUCUGUCCUCUGCCGGUCCGCUGAUGAGCAAGGUUGCAUACGGCCUUGCCAUUCCUACCGUGAUCAUUGCCGGAGUUGUGUUCGGUCAUGUCGCGUCCAAGUAUAUCUACGUCCGCGUCUGGCGCGGCUCCCCCCAGAUGCACACCAACAGUCUUUCAGCUGUCGGAUCGUGGGUCGCCAUUGCACUGGGCGUGUGGGUGAUUGCUUGGAUCAUUGCCGAGUCGAUCCCCGUGUUCAAUGAUUUGUUGAGUUUGAUCAGUUCUCUCUUCGGUAGUUGGUUCAGUUACGGACUCCCUGCCAUGUUCUGGUUGGUCAUGAACCGUGGACAGUAUACUGCCUCGCCCAGAAAGAUCUUCCUGACCAUUGUCAACCUCGUCAUCUUUGCCAUUGCUUGCGCUAUUUGCGGCUUGGGUCUUUACGUCUCUGGCAAGGCCAUUCACGACAGCUCUUCCUCUGCGAGCUGGACGUGCGCCAACAACGCCUCCACCUAA